AUUUAAUUCAGAAGAACGGAAGAAGAAAACCAGAACGUAGACAGACAAAAGUUGUGGGAUUUCAGAACACUUCUGGGAAUGCGGAGAGAUGAAAUUGGCUUCGCUGAUUCUGUUUGAGUUGAUCGGAAUAUCCAGAAUCUUUAUCAUUGGCGGCAGAAAUUGUCACCGGAAACACGUCGAAGACGGGUGAUCUAACUCCUUUCUCUUAUCUCCUCCCCAUUUCUCUUUAUUAACUUCAUUUAGAUUCACUCUGUACGAAUAAAUAAACACAAUAUUCUACUGAUCUCGAUUCGAUCGAGUUGGAAUCUGGCGGUGCAUAUGGCGAAUAAAGGCAGAGAUGGUGAGCACUCGAGUUUACUCGACGGGAAGUACGAAUUCGGCCGUCUUUUAGGGCACGGGACCUUCGCUAAGGUUUACCAUGCCCGGAAUCUGCAGACGGGGAAGAACGUUGCGAUGAAAGUUGUUGGGAAGGAGAAGAUCAUCAAAAUCGGCAUGAUGGAGCAGAUCAAGAGAGAAAUCUCUGUGAUGAAAAUGGUGAAGCAUCCGAAUAUUGUGGAGCUUCAUGAGGUGAUGGCGAGUAAAUCGAAGAUCUAUUUUGCGAUGGAGCUUGUUAGAGGCGGUGAACUGUUCUCCAAAAUCGUGAAAGGUCGGUUGCGAGAGGAUGUGGCUAGGGUUUACUUUCAGCAAUUGAUCUCUGCAAUCGAUUUCUGCCAUAGCCGUGGUGUUUACCACCGCGAUCUGAAACCGGAAAAUCUGCUACUCGAUCAGGACGGAAACCUUAAGGUCACCGAUUUUGGCCUCACCGCCUUCUCGGAGCAUUUGAAGCAAGACGGACUGUUGCACACGACAUGCGGAACUCCGGCGUACGUUGCGCCGGAGGUUAUUGGAAAGCAGGGAUACGACGGGGCUAAGGCUGAUCUCUGGUCCUGUGGAGUCAUCCUGUACGUUCUUCUUGCCGGAUACCUUCCAUUCCAGGACGACAAUAUGGUGGCGAUGUACCGGAAGAUUUACAGAGGCGAUUUCAGGU